AUGCCUAAGUACUGGGCCUAUGCAGACUACAAGUACAUUGCACCGCUGCUCCAAGACAAGCCCUACAUGUUUGAGGACGUGGUGUGGUCUCAGUUUGGGUUCCCGGGUCAUAAUGGGAGAGACAGCGCACUGUGGAUUGGUACAGAAGGUGCCAAUACUCCGUACCACCUGGACUCCUAUGGGUAUAACCUGGUACUACAGGUGCAAGGAAGGCACCUGUUCCCCCCUGCAAACACAAGCUGUCUGUACCCCAGCAGGAUCCCCUAUGAGGAGUCUAGUGUGUUUAGCCAGGUGGACGUGCUCCAGCCAGACCUCCAGAGGUUCCCUGCCUUCAGACACGCCAAGGCCCACACAGCCACCCUGCAGCCUGGACAGGUUCAUGACACCUAG